AUGGGCGGCAAAGUCGAGCCAUCGAAGAGUAAGAGAGCAAAAUUUGGACUACUAAGUACCUCGCGCAUCCAGAAGAUCAACAAAACUUUCACUCUCCAGGAACGUCAAGAUGCGGUAGAACAUCUGCUGCAAACCAAGCGAUCGGUUGGUCUCAUUCAAGCAAUCAUCGACUUUCAAGACCAUCCAGUGCUCGACAUCGAUAUUUGCAAUACAGCACCGACGAAAGUCCUGGGUUUCAAACGGUCCGACCCCGAUGGCAACGUUAAGCCAAGUAUGUGGCUCCAAUUGGCCACCGAGAAAGAUCUUGAGGAUCAUGUACAACUCCUGGCUAGCCGAGAACCUGACCAGUGUACUCUCGAUGAUGCUUUGGCAAUUGCUAUUAGCAAAGGCUCUAAAGCUAUGGUCACAAGGCUACUUCGAUACGGUGCCGAUAUCAAUACUUGUCGCCAAGAGUUCAUGAACAGAUCAAUCAACGGAGAUAUGCAAUGGACGGAAUUGCUUCUGAGCUCGCCUCACCACCCGGUGGAUCAGCUGGAAAGAGAUGAUGCGUUGGCCGCAUCUGUCCAGAGCAGAGACUUGGAAAUGGCCCAUCUUUUACUCACAUUCGGGGCUGAUGUCAAUCAUUCACGUGGCCUUCCUAUCAAGCGCGCUAUCCAGCAGUCAGACCUUCGAAUGACCAUCCUCUUGAUCUCUACCCCCUCAAUAUCAGACGCGACCUUGCGCAGAGCCAUCAAGGACGCUUGCACUGAUUCAGUCUACAAAGAUUCAAUCAGGCUUGGCAUGGUGAAUAUCCUUCUCUUAGCUGGUGUCGACAUUCCACGGUCAUCUCUGGGAAGUCUUCUCAGAAUUGCGAUGAGUGCCAACGACACAUCUCUCGUUGCACUUCUCAUCAGGUACAAUCAAAUCUCCGCGAUCGAUGCAACAACAGCUAUGGAGAAACUAUCCACUACCCUGCCGGAAGAAGAUGUGCUCCACAUGUCUGAAUUGUUACUCAAAGCUGGAGCUCAGGCCAUAGCCUUGGGCUCUUUACUCUACUGGGCUGUAAAGAAAGACUAUGAUCGAAUGAUUGCACUCCUGUGUGAAUAUGGAGUAUCUAUUGACUUCGAAAACGCUAUUUCCAUUCGAUUUGCGCUUAAACGGCACGAUACAAAGUUACUUAAAGUCUUACUAAGCGUCGAAAGUGCAGCAUUUCGCGGCAGUACAUCCACGAAUACAGUUCUCGCAACCGUACUCCCACAGGCUCUUGGAUUGAGCAGCAAGAACAAAAGACGUCAAGCAGUACAGCUUUUGCUCCAAAAAGGCGUAAAGGGCCCCUUUGUCGACCAGGCUCUGCUUGAUGUGGUCACAAAUCCAUCAAUCUGUGAUUUCAGCAUUGUCAGCAUGUUACUCGAAGGGGCAGCAUCUGUGAACUAUUACAAGGGCGGCGAAAACUGUCUGCUCAGCGCGGCACAGGAUGGCAGCUUAACGAUGGUCAAUCUACUCGCCGCGCCAGAGCGUGGUGCGAUGCCCCAACUACUAUCCUAUACGAUACAGCAUUUGUACCACUCCCGGGCAAAGUCGGUCCACAGCGAUCUCGUCAAGACUAUGGAGGUCCUUCUGCAGCGUGGAGCAGACUGCAGUGACGACACAGUCGCUCAAACUCUGGUCUCUGCAAUUCGCGCUGCCGACGAUGAUAAGAAUGCAACGAUUGUCAGGCUAUUACUGCAGUAUGGCACCGAAGUCAACUACAACAACGGUCAACCCAUUCAGGAAGCCAUCAGAUUGACGAAUGAUGAAAUUCUUACAUCGAUCUGCACCACAGACAGAAUCAACGAGAGCUCAUUCGGCCACGCUAUUCAACCUGCUAUUAAAACUUCAAGGAUCGAUCAGUCCAAACUGAUUAUCCUAUUGCAUCACUGCAAAGCCUUUACCAAUGUCACUGGUGAUGCAUUGAUAGCAGAACUCACCGAAGGCCCUUCUGGUGGUCAGGAUGAAAUAGUACGGAUUCUUUUGGAGAAUGGGGCGGACGUGAAUCGCAACGAGGGCAUGGCCUUCUCGAAAGCGAUUGAGAUCGUAUCACGGUCCAAGUCACUGGGCUAUCUGCGAUUGUUGCUAGCACAGAGCCCUCUUGAGACGGCAUUGCGCACAGCUUUCACUUCAGCAAGGAAACUGAACUGUCCUUUGAGUCAUCGGCAUGAACUCUUCCGGCUUAUUCUUGAAGCGGGGUUCAACGGGAAAGACAUAAACAACGCGCUUGCCGAAACGAUAAACUCGAACCAAGACGAUCUGACCAUCCCACGCCUUCUCCUCCACUACAAAGCUGACGUCAAUCAUGAGCAAGGCUCAAUACUGAUCUCGGCGACAGAUCUUGGUAACAUACAAAUGGUAGCCGUGCUACUUGCAUAUGGACCAGUCGCUUCGACGGUCGACAGAUCUUUCAAAGUCGCCUGCCACGCGCAAACUCAAGAAACCCACAGGAUCAAAUUAUUCCAAUGUCUACUUACCACGAAUCUCGUUUCUAGGGAAACCAUCACCUACGCUUUGACUCACGCAGUUACCAAGGGUAAUAAAGAUAAAAUUCUCCUCGCAAUGUUAUGCCGUCACAAGCCAAGAGUCGAGGUACCGACGCUCUUAUCGUUGAUACGAGACAAUGAUGUUUCUACAACUCAGUUCUUACUCAAAGCACGGCCACCGACACGGGAAACAUGCUCGCAUGCGUUCACAGCCUGCCUCGAUCUUGAAAGGGAUCUGCGACUUGCCUUUGCUCAGCUUUUCAUCGGCAACGGUCUCGACAGAGCAGUAUGGGCGGCAGCGGCACAAAAGGCAAUCGAGAACCAGGAUUCACAUUUUCUUGAUCUUCUACUGCUUCACAGCUCUAACAGGCAUGCAGAAAUCGAUGCGGCGCUAGUUCUCGCCGCGAACACAUUCAACACGUCCAUAUUACGGGCUCUGCUCUUGAAAGGACCAGAUUACAGCGCUCGAGAUCAAGCGUUCGAAAAUAUGUUAACCUCACAGAAGAUGCAAAGCACAACCGAAUCUAAGUCUGCGGCAAUCGCUUUACUUGAGUAUGGCAUCAGUCAAUCUCUUAGAGAUCGCGCGCUUCUACAGAGCUUUGAGAGUUAUCGACAUAAUGGAUCCGACUUUUACCAGGUGCUGCUUGAGCAUGACGCAGAUGUGACCAUCCAGACUUGCAUUUGUUUCACUCUUGCUGGCCAAUUCGAGGACCUGGAUAUCUUCUGCUCGCUGCUCCAGCCCAAGACAGACUUCGAUCUCGUGAUCAAGUCGCUUAUUGGUCAAUUCCCGCAGGAACGUUAUGAGCGACUCGUUGAACUCAUUUACACCACCGUGACGUUGCCGUUCUACAACAGCAAACGCCGAGAUGUGAGCGUCAUUUUCGAUGCUAUGCAUCGUUUCGGCCAGGGAGUUGGCUUGGUACGAUUGCUAUUAGAAUAUGGCUACCCCGCUGGGCAAACGUUGCGUAGUGGUGAGAGGGAUAGUGGGAACUCCGAGCCUGUCACCCCCGUGAUUUGGGCGCUUGGACAACCAGAAGAAGGUGUCAGUGACGACGUUAUUCUGACACUGUUGAAAGCAGGACAAUCAGCAAACCCAGGAUUCACAACUAAGGAUUCAGGUGCUUCAGCCAUCACCCUAGCGGCACAGCGUGGCCGACAUGCGAUUCUCAGACGAUUGAUUGAGCUCAAUGUCGACGUUUCCGCCGUGGAUCGAUCUGGGCUAUCACCUCUCUUCCACGCUACAGUAAAUACCGACGAAAUUUCGGUCUCCAUGCUACUCGAGAAUGGAACACAACCCAACGACGGGAGCUUACAUGAGGCAGCACGUCUUUGCCAGAAGGGCAUGCUUAAAUGGCUACUGGAAAAGGGCCAUGAUCCAGAUUAUGCCUGUGAUCUUCACGAAGGAAGAACAGCUUUGGGUGAGUUAUGCUCAGAGGCUACCGUGAAAAAUGGGGAAGAAUCUUCUGCGACAUACGAGACUAUAAAGUUGCUCAUCAAUGCUCCGGCAGACUUGAGCUUCAGGACCAAAGGGAAGACGGUUUUACAUCUGGCCCUGGAGAAUGAGCAUCCAAUCGACAUCACCAGAGCAUUGUUACGUUUUCCUGAAAUAUACAAGGACCUGCGUACUGACUCGGAAGUAUUCGUAUACGAAAAUGACCAUGGGAGGUUCAUGUCCCCAGAUCUCUACGCGCAGUACUACUGCAGUGAUGAAAAUUGCUACAAGCCACAGCUCAUCGCUAUCCUGGAAAGCAAGUGCAAGACGAAAUGGUUCACGAAGACAGGAAUCCAGCUCCAAGACUGCAAAGGUCUUCCGCGCGAGCUAGAAGAGAUGAAGAAACAGCAAGACCUCGCUGAUCAAGCCGAGCAUCGUGCGAUACAACGACGCCAGCGUGACGCACAGAACGAAUUGCAAAUCAGCCAAAAUCACCACAGGAACAACAUGCUACAAAGCCGAGAACAAGCUGACCUGAAUCUCUUCAAUGCACAACGACUCAACGACCAACAAAUCGCACAUGAUAGCAGGGCAUCAGAACAGCGACGCUUACAUUCAAAUCUAGACCGCGAGGCCGAACGUUACCAUAUCCAGGAAAGCCAUAGACUUAUAUACAAUGCCGCGCAGCAAACACGACAGCUCGAGUACACCUCGCAGCAGCAAUUGAAACAAUUAGAGAUCAGUUCCCAAAACGAGCAAAACCAGCGGCGAUAUACGGCGCUACAACGAGAAGCUGCACAUGAGAGGAACCUGAUCGAAGACAGAGAGGCGGCAGAGAAGCGCAGCCAGACCAGAGCGAUAGAAAGAAUGGCACGUCAGGAUGAAAGCGUGAGGCUGAUAAUGCAGGAACAGCGAGGUCUGAUUGCUGCGGCGAAGGAAGCAAAGGUGGACGCGCAGGCUACCAAGUUACCGGCUUUGACGUGGAACGAAGACGUCGAUUAA